AUGAGAUGCCAAUCAAGCCUGCAGAAGCCUUACCUACAGGAUCCAAUGCAGGAUGGAAGACCUGGAGUGGAAUUUUCCAUUCGUCUCGCUGGCAGUAGUAGCUAUCUGCAGGGCCGAGUGGAGGUGUACGUCGACGGAGUGUGGGGAACAGUUUGCGAUGACAACUGGGAUCUGUCAGACGCCAUGGUAGUGUGUCGACAGCUGGGCUACGGAAAUGCCCUCUUUGCAUAUUCACGGGCGGACAGGUACUUUGGACGAGGCAGCGGACGCAUCAAGUACGACAACGUCAAUUGUCGGGGUGAUGAAAGCAUGUUACACCUUUGUCCGUUGUCCACCGAUGUCCAUUGCGGAUAUUUUGAUGUUGCUGGUGUGGUCUGCUCUUCACCCAGCGCCAGCCCCACUCUUUCAUGUUGCCGUUCAUGCACCCCAGAAAAUGCCUGCGAGGUAUGCCAUACUUGGGGAGAAGACGAAUGGGACGUAGUUUCGGCUUUGCUUAAUUCUCGGUCGCCAUCGGUGGACUCGGCAGUGAGUAAUUCUCCCGGGUCAUCACAACGCAAACGAUCGACCAAGAAAAAAUCGGGUACACCUAAGUCGCUUACCAGGGACACGCUUUCUGGGCCUCUGGCCCCCAGUAAGAAUACCCAACAUGCUGGAGCUGCGCCUUCCGGGCCUCCAGUCCCCAUGUGUACUUCAGACAGCAACCGACCAAGCUACCCACCUACCAGAGACACGCUUUCCGGGCCUCUGGCCUCCGGUACACCGGGCGCAGGGAAUAGGGCUACGCCUGUCGGGCCUCUAGCCCCUACUCCCGGUAAAAAGAAAAGCAAAAAAUCAGACCACGCUGCCGGGUCCGGAGCUAUGCCUUCCAGGCCUCUAGCCUCCGGUGCCCCGGAGAGGGAUAACCGGGUGGCUCCUUCCGGACCCCUAGUCUCGAAUUCCGGCAAAGCGUCCGGAUACAGAUCUGACCCUGAUGGAAACCGGAUCGCCCGGGACUCACCGGAGCCGGAGAGAUACGGUUUCGAAGGCCAUAGACACACAAUCGGCUUCAGCGCUGAGGGACACAAAGAUCAACCCACUGAGCCCGAGUGCCGCGGGGAGGGCGAAAUGCCCAAACUCCCCACGGUUGUCUCGUCCAAUGACGAGUCUGCCAUUUCGUUACCUCUUUCCCCCUCUGACCAAAGGUUACGGGUAUUGAUGAAAGACAUGGUCAGAGUGCUCAACAUAUCGCCGGCUGACGAACCGACACCAGAUGAAAAAGGCCACCGAUCUUACAAAAAACCCAAUUCCAGUAUACGUCUUGUCGGCGGUGUGGACGCUUUUCAAGGUAGAGUGGAGGUUUACGUAGACGGCGCUUGGGGAACAGUCUGUGACAACGAAUGGGACAUCAACGAUGCAAGUGUAGUGUGCCGUCAGCUGGGCUACACCGGUGCCAUGUCAGCGACUGGCUCGGCAUCUUUUGGCGUCAGAUCAGUCCGGAUAGCUUUAGACUAUGUACGUUGCACAGGACUGGAGAGUCGGUUGCAGGACUGCGAGUCAAAAAUUAGCACUAACGGUUGCAUCAACGACGAGGAUGCUGGGGUCGUCUGUGCAAUGGAAUUCCCAAUACGUCUCGCUGGCAGUAGUAGCUCUCUGCAGGGCCGAGUGGAGGUGUACGUCGACGGAGUGUGGGGAACAGUUUGCAAUGACAACUGGGAUCUGUCAGACGCCAUGGUAGUGUGUCGACAGCUGGGCUACGGAAAUGCCCUCUUUGCAGUUUCACAGGCGAACAUCCACUAUGGACGAGGCAGCGGACGCAUCAAGUACGACGACGUCAAUUGUCGGGGUGAUGAAAGCAUGUUAAACCUUUGUCCGUUGUCCACCGAUGUCCGUUGCGGAUCUUUUGAUGUUGCUGGUGUGGUCUGCUCUUCACCCGGCGCCAGCCCCACUCUUUCAUCCAAUUCCAGUAUACGUCUUGUCGGCGGUGUGGACGCUUUUCAAGGUAGAGUGGAGGUUUACGUAGACGGCGCUUGGGGAACAGUCUGUGAUAACGAAUGGGACAUCAACGAUGCAAGUGUAGUGUGCCGUCAGCUGGGCUACACCGGUGCCAUGUCAGCGACUGGCUCGGGAUCUUUUGGCGUCAGAUCAGUCCGGAUAGCUUUAGACUAUGUACGUUGCACAGGACGGGAGAGUCGGUUGCAGGACUGCGAGUCAAAAAUUAGCACUAACGAUUGCAUCAACGACGAGGAUGCUGGGGUCGUCUGUGCAAUGGAAUUCCCCAUACGUCUCGUUGACGGUAGUAGCCAUCUGGAGGGCCGAGUGGAGGUGUAUGUCGACGGAUCGUGGGGAACAGUUUGCGAUGACCUAUGGGAUCUGUCAGACGCCACAGUGGUGUGUCGACAGCUGGGCUACGGAAAUGCCCUCUACGCUCGUUCUUCAGCGUACUUUGGACAGGGCAGCGGACGCAUCAAGUACGACGACGUCAAUUGUCGGGGUGAUGAAAGCAUGUUACACCUUUGUCCGUUGUCGACCAACAAAUAUUGCAGACACACUGAAGAUGCUGGUGUGGUCUGCUCAGCACCCAGGCCCACUCUGUCAUACACCACCGUAAUUCGUCUAGUCGGCGGUACCAGCAUUCAUGAGGGCCGAGUGGAAGUGUUGCUCAACGGCGAUUGGGGAACCGUCUGUGACGAUGGAUGGGGCCUGAACGAUGCCAAAGUGGUGUGUCGUCAGCUAGACUUCACUGGUGCGUUAUCGGCUCAUUCAUUGGCGCAUUUCGGCCAGGGAACGGUCCCGAUAGCCAUGAGUGAAGUACGGUGCACAGGAAGUGAGAGCAGGCUGACGGACUGUUCCUUCCAGACAAGUCACAACUGCGACCAUCAUGAGGAUGCUGGGGUCAUCUGUAUAGAGACUGGGUUCGCCAUACGUCUUGUCGGUGGCAGCAGUGAAACCCAGGGCCGAGUGGAGGUUUACCUAAAUGGGGUUUGGGGAACCGUCUGUGAUGACGGCUGGGAUUUAGAUGACGCGAGGGUGGUAUGUCGCCAGCUGGGAUACAGCAAUGCCGUACAAGCUGUCGGAUCAGCACACUUUGGCCAGGGCAGCGGAGACAUUUUCUUCGAUGACGUGGCGUGUAGAGGAUCGGAGACAAGCUUACUGGAUUGCGUGAGGUCAACCGAAAAUGACUGUGGACAUUUUGACGAUGCGGGUGUCAUCUGUGGUACACCCGGGAAAGAGGCUGGGUUCGCCAUACGUCUUGUCGGUGGCAGCAGUGAAACCCAGGGCCGAGUGGAGGUUUACGUAAAUGGGAUUUGGGGAACCGUCUGUGAUGACGGCUGGGAUUUAGAUGAUGCGAGGGUGGUAUGUCGCCAGCUGGGAUAUGGCGAAGCCGUUCGAGCUGUCGGAUCAGCACACUUUGGCCGGGGCAGCGGAGACAUUUUCUUUGAUGACUUGGCAUGCACUGGAUCGGAGACAAGCUUACUGGAUUGCACGAAGUCAACUGUAAAUAUAAACUGUGGACAUGGUGAGGAUGCGGGUGUCAUCUGUGGUACAUCCGGGUCAGAUUCGUCUACAAUCCGACUGGCUGAUGGCGACAGCGCGCUGGAGGGCCGUGUGGAGGUGUACGUCGGGGGUGUGUGGGGCACCGUCUGCGACGGUUACUGGGAUCUCGCAGACGCCACUGUGGUUUGUCGCCAGCUUGGCUACGGAGAAGCACUGACAGCUCCAGGGGAAGCAUUCUAUGGCCCUGGAACCGGAUCGAUAGUCUUUGACGAAGUGAAUUGUCGGGGAACCGAAGACAAUAUACAGGAUUGCUCUUAUUCUACUGUGGACAACUGCCAUCACAGUGAAGACGCGAGUGUUUCUUGUAGCAAUUCGUCGGCAGCCUAUGAGUUUGGUCAAGUACGUCUGGUCGAGGGUAAUUCGGAGUACGACGGAUACGUGGAGAUCUAUUACAAGCAACAAUGGGGCACCAUCUGCAAUAACCAAUGGGACAAGACAGAUGCAGACGUGGUUUGCAAGGAGCUGGGACACGAGUUUGCCAAUUCCACAUCUGACGCUUCAGAUUACAAAACCGGAAGGAGUAGUACCAAACCCAUCUGGCUUGUUGAUGUUGCCUGUGGAGUAUACGAUACCAGACUAGUCAAUUGCGACCAUGGCCAGUGGGAUAGUAUUGACUACUGUUCUCAUGGUGAAGACGUGUGGGUAAAAUGCAACGGUGCUCCGGUAUACCAACCAUCCGGGCCCACUGCAGGACUCUCUUCCGGAGCGAUAAUUGGGAUUGUUUUCGGGGUGAUCGUUGGCUGUAUUUUGUUGUACGUCUGUUGCAAACUGUGCUGUUGCAAGUCGAAAAAAGGCCCCGCCAAAUCAACAACGGCAGCUCCGUCGCGUACCUAUAUCCAGGUACAACAAGCGGAAGUAAUCUGGAGAUCCCGCGGUCCACUACCAUCCUCAGCAGUCCCCCAGUUGUCAGAUGUCUAGGCCCCGCCCCCUCCCUACGAGCCAGUCAGCUCUCAGCCCACAAACUUCCCACUGGUAACUGGCACAGAGAUGCUAACCAUUAUUCUUUAAAAGUAAUUAUUAGGAUUUUUGAGGCAUGUAACUACUCUUGAAAAUUCCAGCUGUCUUAUGCGCCAACAUUGUGGUUUGUUACGAACCCACUUAUCCUGUAAUCCUUUAGUAGGGUUUGCUCCCGCACUAGAAUUUUUGGUAUUUAAUGAAUGUUUGUUAUGGUGGCUACGCGCGGGUAAAUACCCUAUAUAAGCACUGACUGGCUUUUAUUCGGUCUCAGUUGGUGCCCAUGUACAACCAUUAUGUGCGAUUUCCAUUAGAACAUCGUUGAGCCAGCAUCUCCCACCGUUCUUACCGAUGUACCCUCAUCGCUGGAUCGUGGCUGAGGCUGACGGUACUACCGGAUGGAGACCUGGACUGUCGUGGCCUGCUUGAUGUGGCUGACUUCCCGGUACUCAACGCUGACUUACCUGUGGCUUGGCUGAUCUACGGCUGGGUGCGGAGAUGCUUGGUUCGACGGCUGCACUAAUACCGUUGUGGGCACUGGCUGGGCAGGGCCUGUUCCUGCUACUGGUUCCUUAUUGGUAAUAAUAUUUGGCCGAAUACAAUUUUCCUUUGUUGUUUUGCUUAUUAACCCUAUUUUGCCGGCUUGUUCUUUACUGUAUUUUGCCUAUUUGUAUAACUUGCUGCUUUGCUAAUAUCUUUGUAAUAUAUUUUGCUUUGCCUGUGUGACAGAAUUUUUUUAUGUUUUUACUAUCUGGCUAUUUCUUUUAUGUUUAAAGCAUGAGUUUCUUAAUUGUGUAAUUUCUUAUUCUUUUAACUUGCUUCAUUGAGCACUGAAAUAGCUGUUUUUGCCUAUUUGUAUAACUUGCUGCUUUGCUAAUAUCUUUGUAAUAUAUUUUGCUUUGCCUGUGUGACAGAAUUUUUUUAUGUUUUUACUAUCUGGCUAUUUCUUUUAUGUUUAAAGCAUGAGUUUCUUAAUUGUGUAAUUUCUUAUUCUUUUAACUUGCUUCAUUGAGAACUGAAAUAGCUGUUUCCUCUUUAAGUGUGGAUCAUGAAUAAUUCAUUAGGUAGACCACAAAGCACUUCCUGUGGUACCCACUUCUGAGACAUGUGGCUUAUCUAGCCAUUCCUUCAGUUGAUGCAAGGCAGUCCACACGCAGUCAUUUAUUCACUCUUGUUCCAUGCUCGUUUCACCAAAGUUCUGAGGCUAGAAGAAUCCUUGUUGUUGGAGAUUUGUGGUAAGUUUACACUUGUAUAUUGGUUUGAGGACCAUUUCUUAUACAAGUCAGUUAAUUGAUUUUAGUUUGAUACUUUAAGAAGUUAAGGGUUUAGAUAUCUUGCUAGGAGGAUCUCUUUGAAAGUUUCCAGUCAUGCUUACAAAGUUUCCAUUUCUUGGAAGUGACUUGCUUGGUUUCAUUGAAUUCAUUGAUAUUCUAGUUUACUGCAUUGAUUUUUAGUUUGUUAUACAUGUACUUACUUGGAGUCUUUUCAGAGAGAAAAUGCAUUUAUUGGUUCUGAAAAGCUUGAGAUGUAUUUAUGGUUAUUGGUUUUGAUUUAGUUUACUGUUUGGCCCCUGAAUUCAAGUUGAGAUUUUGUGUUAUUUUGUGAUGUUUGUACUCUUACUAUUUUGACAUUUGGAUCCUGAAACGGCAUUCUUAGUGAAUUUACUUUGCCAGAAACAGUGAUCAGGUUCAUAUUUGUACAGAAAUUCUUUUCUUGAAUUCGUUAAAGUAGAAGUUAGGAGCAGUUAUCAUUUCAUUCUGAUUAUUUCGUAUUCUUUUAUUAGUGGAAGUGUUAUGAGACUACUGUGGAAACUCAUACUCUCAGUACCAUUUUGACCAUGCUUAGAUUAUUUUCUUUAGGCAGAAAACUGAACGUUGUUUAUUCUUGGAGAGGCUGGGCCAGGCACUAGUUGUUAAGGAGAUUAAAGUUAAAGGCAUUGUUUAUUCUUACAGGCUUUAGAACAGUAGAGGAAAGAACACUGACAUUUUAACUUUGAAUUUAAGGAAACUUUAUCGUGUUGUUCUUUAGAGGAUUAGGUACAUGUAUUUUCCUUUUUGCAUUAUUAGCCAUCUUUUAAAUUACUUGAGAUUCACCAAGAUUUUAUUUUGUUGAUCAUUGGAAAGUGUUAAUUCUUUUGUUUAAUUUUGAUGUUUACUUAUGAUUGUUUUCUUUCUUUCUUUUUUCUUUAUAGCUAAUACCAACCCUUUUUUUUUGUGGUGUAAAUUCGGAGUAAAUAAAUUACAUCCAACCUCUAGAAAAGAAUCUUUGCUGUCACACCUGUAUCUAAUGCUUUGGGGUUCUUGCAUGAAGUUUAAAGUUGCAGACUAACUGAGAAUGGUUGUUGUAUCACACAUUGACCUGUUGAUUGAUUUGGGAGAAUUCAUUAAAUUUUGUUAAUCAUA